AAUAAACGUGAGGAGGUGGAGCACACUACGCGCCCAGCCUUCCUCUCUCUGCUUCGAAUUCCUCACCUCCAGGCGGCGGCGGCGGGGCGGAGUCGGAGCCACCAUCCGCUUCCUCGAUUCGCACCACCAACCCUAGCCCUAUCCGGUCCCCGAUGCAGACGGAGGCGCGGGUCGGGGUCGUCGUCGACGGCCGCGCCUCGAUGGGCCGCCGCCACGAGCACCGCCACAUCGGCACCGCCGCCCACCUCGCCGCCGGCGGCUUCGCCGGCGCCGUCAGCAAGACCUGCACCGCCCCGCUCGCCCGCCUCACCAUUCUCUUCCAGGUGGCAGGUAUGCAUUCAGAUGUUGCAGCUCUAAAGAAGUACAGCAUAUGGCAUGAAGCUUCACGAAUAGUUCGAGAAGAAGGGUUUGGUGCAUUUUGGAAAGGAAAUCUGGUGACAAUUGUGCAUCGUUUGCCUUAUUCUGCCAUCAGCUUUUAUUCAUAUGAGCGCUACAAAAAGUUUCUCCAAAGGAUUCCUGGCCUGGAUGAAGGCUCAAAUUAUGUUGGUGUUGCACGUUUACUUAGUGGUGGUUUGGCAGGAAUUACUGCUGCAUCUGUAACUUACCCCUUGGAUGUUGUUCGUACUCGUUUGGCAACACAGAAAACAACCAGGUAUUACAAAGGCAUCUUUCAUGCAGUGUCUACAAUUUGUAGAGAUGAGGGUGUCAAAGGAUUGUACAAGGGCCUUGGAGCCACGUUAUUGGGAGUUGGACCUAGCAUAGCAAUCAGCUUUACCGUAUAUGAAUCACUGAGGUCUCAUUGGCAAAUGGAAAGGCCCCAGGAUUCCACUGCUGUUGUUAGUUUGUUCUCUGGGAGUCUAUCUGGUAUUGCAUCAUCUACUGCCACAUUUCCCCUUGAUCUCAUAAAGAGACGGAUGCAACUACAAGGAGCAGCUGGGACAACACCUGUCUGUAAAUCAAGCAUAACUGGAACUGUCCGCCAAAUCUUUCAGAAGGAAGGUCUACGCGGCUUCUAUAGAGGGAUAGUCCCUGAGUACCUAAAGGUUGUUCCUAGUGUCGGAAUUGCCUUUAUGACCUAUGAGACCCUGAAGGGCUUGCUCUCCAGCAUGGACGAAGACGACGAGAGCUGAAGUCUUCUAUUCGACAAAACCGGUUACACUUCAAACAUAUUUCUGGCCAUGGGUUACUGUGAGACUGAACUGUAUCAGAGUGACUACAUGCCAGGCAGUUUUGUAGGUGUUGAUAGGAUAAAAACUUUACCUGAUAUGAGUCUUGUGUUGUAUCAUAGGUCAAGAAGAGAAAAUGAGUAUUCCAUCCGUGUAUCCCUUCGAGCAUUAUGCUCUAAUUUUGUGUUGUCAUUUGCAAGGAUGGAGAAGAAAUCUUAAGGUCAAUGAUUUUGUA